AUGAAACCAAAUUUGUCAAACCUAUUUCAAGCUAACAUUACACAUCAAAGAAGCACAUCACUUAUCACUUUUCUUAUGGCCACCGCUGCAGUAGCAAACAAAUCCCCACUACCGGGCGUAUCUUCACACAAGGCAUCAACUACAUCCUCUUCGUCAUCAACUCCAUCACUACUGCUAACUAGUCACACAGUCUCAUCUUACACCAAAGAUCGUAAAGUAGGUGAGGGUACAUAUGCCGUUGUUUACCUUGGAAAACAAACAUCAACUAAACGUCCCAUUGCUAUUAAAGAGAUCAAGACUGGAUUAUUCAAAGAUGGACUCGAUAUGUCCGCUAUACGUGAAGUCAAAUACCUACAAGAACUAAAACAUCCCAAUGUCAUUGAACUAAUUGAUGUUUUCGCCACAUCAAACAAUAAUCUAAACUUAGUACUUGAAUUCCUACCUUGCGAUUUAGAAGUGCUAAUCAAGGAUAAGAACAUAGUAUUCAAAUCAGCCGACAUCAAAUCAUGGAUGUUGAUGACUCUACGUGGAAUACACCAUUGUCAUCGAAACUUUAUCUUACAUCGCGAUUUGAAACCAAAUAACUUGUUAAUCUCCCCCAAUGGAUUAUUAAAAAUUGCCGAUUUUGGUCUUGCUCGAAGCUUGGGUAAUCCCAACGAGGAUUUAAGCUCAAAUGUAGUCACACGAUGGUAUCGAGCACCUGAACUUUUAUUUGGAGCUAAACAUUACACAGAAGCGAUAGAUAUAUGGUCAAUCGGGAUAAUAUUUGCUGAGUUGAUGUUACGUAUUCCUUAUCUUGCUGGUAAGGAUGACGUUGAUCAAUUGGAUGUGACAUUUAGAGCCUAUGGUACCCCCACAGAACAAAUUUGGCCCAAUGUGUCAAGUUUACCAAUGUAUAACGCCUUACAUGUGUAUCCGCCACCUUCAAGACAAGAAUUGAGGAUGAGAUUCAGUGCCGCUACUGAAAAGGCGUUGGAUUUUUUGGUACUGUUGACUCAAUUGGAUCCUAGUCGUCGAUGCAAUUCAACGCAGGCUUUGUUGCAUGAGUAUUUUACUGAGAGUCCUCGACCUACAGAUCCUGAAUUUUUGCCAAAGAGAAAGGAUAAAAAGAGGGCUGACGUUGAUGAUGAGGAGUUGAAUAGUGGUAACAACUCAGAUACAUUGAAAAGAAGAAGAGUUUAG